AUGCGGCUAGCUCUCCGAAGGGUCGUCACAUCAAUAGGUCGGGUGGCAGAACGAGGUAUCUGCAGCACGGCCACAGCUGGCUCACGAUACGACGCAAAGGUUUUCCGGGAUCCACUCGUGGCUUUAGAAGAGAUAAAUGAGCCACUAUCUGCCGAAGAUGAGCGCAACUUCCUUUACAUCAAGGCGAUGGAAAGCGAUGACACGCCCGUCUUUUACAGAAACCAUGUUGUCGACAAGUUGACGCGAGUUUGCAUGAAGGAUGGACAAAAGGAGACGUCCAGGCAUAAUGUUCUUUCUGCCUUGGAGAUUGUCAAACGCAAGCAAUAUAAGGCGUGGGUUGAUGCGCCGACACCCGAGGAAAAGGCUAACGUGGAGCGAGAUCCUUUCAAGGUGGCGGAAGCAGCAAUCCGGAAUUGUCGCCCUUUGAUGAAGCUAAUGCCGGUUACCCGAGGUGGAACAACUUAUCAAGUGCCCUUCCCGAUCGAAGAGGACGAGGCGGAAUUUCGGGCAAUGAAGAUGAUGCGCGAUGUGUGCCGCGGGAAGUCAAAACAUUCUGAAGUGCUGCAUUUUAAGGACUACCUAGCCAACGAAUUCCUGUCGGCCUAUAACAAUGAGGGUGCGACGAUCCAAGUGAAGCAGGAAUUGCACAAGCUCUGCGAAGCGAACCGUGCCUUUGCCCACUAUCGAGGC